UUGCCUUCCCGAUAAAAAAGGCAUAUUAAAAAAUAUCUUUAAUGUUACCUCAACCGGUCAACUGUCAAGCUGUAAUUUUUUUUACUUUACUUUUACAAAACUAUGUAUAGAAAACGAAAACCAAAUCAAAACAAUAAAUAACUUUUAGAGAAAAACAAAGUGACAGAAGAAAUCAUAAUAGUAAACAUAUCACAUCUUAGUAAUAAUAUUCUACAAUUUUUUCAUGUGUGUAAUAAAAUGAAAUUAAAUAGCAAUACGAAGAUUGUAGGACGAAAAGUUAUUUUAGUUCCAUACAACCAAUAUCACGUACCAAAGUACCAUGAAUGGAUGAAAUCUGAAGAACUACAAAAGCUUACUGCUUCUGAACCCUUAACAUUGGAACAAGAAUAUGAAAUGCAAAAAUCUUGGAGAGAAGAUGAAGACAAAUGCACAUAUAUAAUAUUAGAUAAAGAAGUGUAUAUUAAAACUGAAAAUGAAAUAGAAGCAAUGAUUGGAGAUACUAAUAUAUUCAUAACAGACAAAGAAAAUGGAGUGGGAGAGAUUGAAAUAAUGAUAGCUGAAGAAACUGCACGGGGUAAAAAAAUGGGCUGGGAAGCAGUCAUUUUGAUGUUGUUAUAUGGUGCUAAAUUUAUUAAGUUAAAUUUCUAUGAAGCAAAAAUCUCUUUAGUCAACAACAUAAGUAUUGAAAUGUUUAAAAAAAUUGGCUUUAAAGAAAAGUCUAAAAGUGAUAUAUUUCAAGAAAUUACUUUAUCAAAACAAGUGUGUAAAGAAUGGAUACAGUGGUUACAAGAAAAUGCUUGUUAUGAAAUACAAUCACAUAAACAUUAAGUUAAUACCAAUGUAAUUCUUUGACAAAAUAAACUGUAAAAAAGAGUUCAACUGUU